GGCGGGCGUUCACGGUCUCGCGGACAAAAACCGGGCCGGCCCCCCAUUGUUACGCUUCUUUUCGAGGCCUCGGCGCUGGUACUCCUCUGUCCUCUCCCAGUGUCCCAGACAUCCCACAGGGAGCGUAGUGCUCUGUGCCUGUGGGCUGUGGCGCGGCGCGGUGCCUCGUCACCUCACGCCUCACGCCCCGAACAGAGGCGUCCGUCCGACACCUUCCGCCUCAAGCCGCCGCGCCGUCCCCUGCCCGCGAGCUCAAAAGUCAGAGCCGCACGCAAGAAGCAGAAGCGCCCCGGGGCCGCCGCCAAAGGCUGCGCAGAUUACCUACCCACAGCACUCCCAGUCUCCCACAGCCCAAGCAACAUCCGGUAUCAAUAUCACAAGCUCAAAAGUCAGAGUCGGGAAGGAUCGGAGAAUGGCUGCGCAGGCGGCGCAAUGCAGGGUGAGCGGUGGGGAUGGCGGUGGCGGUGGCAUGAGGACGGUGGAGUGCCUGAGAGGGAGGCUUCUCGCAGAGAGGGUGGCGUCCAAGGCUGCAAAGGAGGAGGCCGACCAACUGGCCAAAAGGCUGGACGAGCUAGAGAGGAAGCUCGCCGACGAGGUCAAGGUGAGGAACAGGGCGGAGCGGAGGCUCAGGAGGGCCAUCAGGAAGCUGGAGUCCCUCAAGGUUCUGGACGUCGGGCUCUCGGACGGCUCCACCGGGUCGCUGUACUCCAACGGACGCUCCGGUCACCAGGCGCCGGAGGCGGAGGUGGGGGCGGAGGCGGAGGAGAGGAACGGCCCUGGCUCGUUGACCACCGAUGGCUCUGCGCCAUCCGCUCCUUCCGGAGACGCCGACAGGGUCGUGUCGUCGGAGGGAUCGUGCACCCAGCUCAACUCGUCCUCCCAGGACGGGAGCUGGUGCUCCGUUGCGUCAGAGCAAUCCCAGCCUGGUCCUUGCAUGGAUCCUGCCGGACACACCACCAACUGCCGUUCGGCGGGGAGCGGCGGCUGUGACCGUGAUUCAGAGAGGCAACACCUCGAUGCAUCAUCCCGUGGCUGUGGCCCAGCUAAACCCGAAGAAGCCGUCAACGAGAGCGACGACACGCUAGCGCUGGUGCUGGUAGAUCCCCAGCUCGUUGCAGCCGCGGCAGGCGGCGGUCCAAGAACGCAGGCAGGAGAGGUCCGCCGUGGCAGGAGUCACGAGGAGGAAGAAGAAGAGGAGAGCGACAGGCUCGCGAUCGUUCUAGCUGAGCCGCAGCGACAGGCCGCCGCUGGGCGCGGCGACGUGGAGUCCGUUCUCCUGGCGCUGCGGCGGGUGAAGGAGCAGCUGCGCUACACCAUCGAGCGGCGGUCGCGGGCGCGGCUCGUCGUCGCCCACCAGGAACUCUACGGCCACUAGCUGUGAGCCGUACGUGUGUGAAUCAUUCGCAGCGCCGCACUGCUGCUGUGCAGCGAUUUUAUAAAUAUAGCUGUCUCGGGGGUCGAUGGAGU